AUGCGCUUCUCCUUCUUGCUCACGAUUUCGCUCGGCUGCAGCCUACAGCAAUUGUGGCCGACUCGCAAGGGAAAUUCGGUCAACGCACAAUUUCACCUGGGCUUCGGUGCAUCCAACAAGCUCAAGAGCACGGACUCGCCGAGUACGACUAGGCCGGACUUCCCCAAUGAACGGGUGCUCACGCCAGCUCCAGGUUCAUUCAACUCGACGUUUUCAGGCGCCGCAAGUAUUGGCGCACCUGCUGCUAGCAGCACAACACCUGGAGGGUACGUCGCUAUGGUACUCAUGGAAGACCUCGACCCUGAGAACGGAGCAGUUGUGCGCAGCACUAUUUCCAUGGUCGUGGUGGAGGAUGUGAUAAUGCUGGACGGAGAGACCGCUGUUCCAAGAGUGUACGGCGAUAAGGAGUGUGUCGCUGCUUCCUGCAUUCGUCGAUGGUGGAAGACGCUGUUGCUUCGGCGAGAGUGUCUGCCUAUCAGACAGCUCGAUGAAGCGCUGGAUGUGGUGCAUCAUUCCCAAACGCUCGACGAUGUUGCACCCGCUAUCGCUAUGAUCCGAAGCAGAACAGCUGCGACACCAAGUUGCUGCGCAAGGUGCUUGAAGACACCAAUCCUGAUCUCCAUGUACAACCUCAUCAUCCGUGCGAGCUCUCACUCGACCAAACUCCCAUUAUUAUACGUCGUGCUGGAAGUGUACGCCAACCUGACGUCUUAUUGCCGCUUGAAGAAUCUCCAGCCACGCCGCCCAAAACAGCGUGCUGCCCAGCGCCAACUGGACUUGCUGUGGAUGGAGUUGCUGGUCGACGUGAUGGUCCUGCUCAGUGUCGAGCUUCGUCACGGUCGGGGCUGGAGCUGGCUAGCGUUCACCGCUGCAGCCAACGCGCUGUGGAACAUCCUCAUGCUGCUCCGCCCCCAGUGCGCGUCCACACCUGCAGCCAACACACUCGUGCACGAGAGCUGGCGACGCACCCAGCAGCGACUGGAAGACCUACAGCAGCGUAUGCACGACGGAAGCCGUCCAACCCCUCCCACGAGUGGCACGGAGCAGUUCCUGGCCCAGUUGUCGCGGGUCCUGACUCACCUGCGCGUCGCUUCAGCAUUACGUUAG